AUGCGCUCCGCCAGCAUCUCCAUAGUCCACGGCCCGCCACGCCGCCGCUGGUCGUCAUCAUCUCCGACACCAGCGUCACGCCGGGCGCCCGCGGCUUCGAGGAACGAGCAGCGGGCCACCAACGUCCACACCCUCCUCCCCACCGACAUCCUCCACCAUCCCGCCGCCUGUCUCCUCAAACUCUUGCCCGUCAAUAACACCUUCAUGAAGAAGCUGCUUGCCAGGACCGUCCAGAUCGCCGCGCCGGAUCCUUCCUUCCUCCCCGGCCCCAAACAUCUCGACUUCGUCGUCGAGGCGUACAACGGCGAUCUGCGAGCCGCGCUGAAUAACUUGCAGCUCCUGUGCGCGCUGCCGUCUCGUAAGAUCGGGAAAUCCGGCGACGCUCGAUCUAAGAGAAACGAUGCCCUGUCUGGCCCCCCGUCUCUCUUCAACAGACAGUACACCCAAGCGGUGGUGAUCGGCUACUACCACUUCCAUCUCUCCGCCCGCGCCGUCCUGCUAGGCCUGCCCUCGCCCGACCCGCGGCUAGAAGUUCUUCAAGCCCGCCCUCUGCAUCUCCGCCAGCUCAACGAGAACACCGCGCUCGCACACGCCCCGCCCCUCCGCACAGAUCUCCUCGCCAGUCUCCGGCCUCCCCCGCCUGCCUCAAUCAACCCAUCGCCGACGACCAACUCCGCCAUCUUCCUGCGCGCCCCACCCGCGCCCAAACACCUCCAGGUCCACUGUUGGUCGGUCCCGACCGCGUCCAAGAAUGUCUUGGCCGUAGAGGUCCUGCCCUUCCUGGGCCUGCUCGCCUCGUCGCUCGGCGCGAAUCCCGGCGCCGAUCAUCCAAAUGACGAGCUGCUGGCGCGGUUCUCCCGCUGGGAGUACCCGAAUGCGCGCCCGACCGACGAGCAGCUGUCCGAGGACGACGUGCCCGACCUCUCCUCGCCCGAGCACCCGCCUCUCGCCCCCCGCCCGUCCCCGCAGGACCCCGAUCUCCGUCUGGACCCGCUCCGGGCCCGCCCGACGGCCGGCUUCGACGAGGAGCCGCUGUGGUUCGAUGUCGUGGAGUAG